GGUGAAGCAAGAUGGCUGCGCCCGGUAAACGAGGUGUGAGUGGCAGUGAUCUGUCAGCUGGGCUUGAAACAAGUUUUCGGAGGAAAGUCCGCGGGAAAUUUCCGGCUAUCCCAGGAUGUCGGCCUUCCGUGCAAAAUGGGCAGCUGCUGAUUUCCUCUGGGGUGCCCUCCCUGGAUCACGUCUUAGGUGGUGGUUUAGCAGUUGGGACACUUCUUCUGAUUGAAGAGGACACGUUUUCUACAUACUCCAACAUCAUCCUCAAGUAUUUUCUGGCUGAAGGCGUGGUUAAUGGACAUGAAUUAUAUGUUGCGUCUUCUGAUGAAGAUCCUAACGAUAUCUUGAAGGACCUCCCAGCACCCCUAAUAGAUGAGAUACCAAAGCAAGAUGACCGUAAAGAGGAAAAGAAGGUCCCCGUAUCUGAAGAGGAUACUCGGGAGAUGAAGAUAGCCUGGCGUUACCAGAACCUGCCGAAAGUAGAGUCAUUACCCAUUUCUUCAUCGAGAUUUGGCCACUAUUACGAUGUCUCAGAUACAAUGCCUCCUGAAUUGUUACAAGCAGUGAGAACCCACACGUUCUACCUUCCAAAUGUAACGUCUUUGGACGGGGACGAGAGCAUGUGCUCAGAUCAUGCGAUGACCUGCGACUACCUCCAGCUUCUCAAGUCCAUCCAGCAGGUGAUUCACGAGGGAGGCUACGAUGGAUCCAGUCCCCAGAAACGACAGAAAAACAUCCUCCGCGUCGGCCUCCAGUCCCUGGGCUCUGUGCUGUGGGGUGAUGACAUUUGCUGUAAUGAGUGUCCCCGAAACCUUCACAGCCUGACACGGUUUCUGUACGCCUUGCGAGGCCUUCUCCGGACAUCGCUGUCAACGUGUGUCAUCACGGUGCCAACACAUCUCAUCCAGAAUAAAGCAAUUACGAUGCGCGUGAGAAACUUGUCGGAUACGGUAGUUGGCCUUGAAUCAUUUAUUGGGUCUGAGAGGGAAACCAAUCCAUUAUACAAAGACUAUCAUGGUUUGCUCCACGUCCACCAGAUACCUCGACUUAACAGUUUAAUUUCGGACGUGUCGGACACGAAGGACCUGGCUUUUAAGUUAAAGAGAAAACUUUUUGCUAUUGAGAGACUACAUUUGCCUCCAGACUUGUCAGACACAGUGAGUCGUUUAAACAAACAGGAUCUGGCAGGAUCCGCCAAACUGCUGAGCUCAGGAUGCAGCGCUGGAGCUGGAGGCAAGACGCACCUGGACUUCUAGUGAUUUCUGCUUAGCAGUUACGUUCCUGGUUUCUGGCUAACCAAAUGGGGCUACCAUCGAUUUCAUUUUUUAUUUUAUUUUUUCUAUUUUAUUUUCUAAGUAUAUAUAUUGUAAAAGAAUAAAAAUCAACUGCACGCACAAAA